GCCUCAGCUCGGGCCAACUCCCGGCCUCCCCUGGCCUCCCGCCAGAGCCGCCCGCCACCUCUCUUCCUCCGCCUGCGACUGAGCGCCCAAGUUCGCCCGCGCCCCCCGCGCGCGCGCGCGCGCACGAGGCCCCCUAGGCCCUCGGAGCUGGCGGCUCGACCAGACCGGACCGAUGUGGCGCAUGCGUGGUGGCGCCGCCCGGCGCGGGAGCUGCGGCGGGGACGGCGUCCGCCACCGCGGAGACUCGGGCCGCCUGGGCCGGGCCCGUGAGGGCGGCGGCGGCGGCGGCGUGGGUUGGCGAGGCCGCGCGGGCGGUGCCCGGCGACAGCUGGAGGAGCGCUUCGCCGACCUGGCGGCCAGCCACCUGGAGGCCCUGCGCGCGCGCGACGAGCGGGACCGGCAGAACGCGCGGCUGCGCGACGAGAACGCCCGCCUGCGCCUGGAGAACCGGCGGCUGAAGCGCGAGAACCGCAGCCUCUUCCGCCAGGCCCUGCGGCUGCCCGGCGACGGCGGCGAACGGGAGGCCGCCGACCCGACCCUCGGCCCCGACGAACCCGCCGCCGCCGCCGCCGAGCGCGGGCCGAGCGGCGGCGAGGACGAGCCAGGCAGCCCCAGGGCGCUGCGGGCCCGGCUCGAGAAGCUGGAGGUCAUGUACCGCCGCGCCCUGCUGCAGCUGCACCUGGAGCAGCGGGGCGCGCGCCCCCCGGGGGACGGCGGCGACGACGACGACGACGACAGCUCGCUCCGGGAAACGGCCACCGGCCAGUGCGCCCAGGACCCGGAUGUCCCGGGGCCCUGGCCGUAGGACGCGCGCCCGAGGGCGCGGCGGGACAGGGGUGGGGCCGCCGCGCGCCCCGCCCCCUCCGCCUUGCGCCCCGCCCCUCUCAGCACGCGGAAGCUCAGGACUUGUGCUCCCCCAGGACUCCAGCCCCACCCAAGGGCACUUCCGGGUGCCGGGUUGGUUGGCCUGGGGAAGGGAGAGGAGCCAGCACCUCCCACUUGUGCAGAGCCACUGCCAGGGACCCUGGUAGGGUCUAGAGAGGAGAGAGGUCCCUCUGCUCUGGGGACCGGCUUUAAAUUAGCAAGAACUGGGUGCCCAGGAGCACCUCCUAAAUUCUUGAAGUUUUCAAAGUGUUGUGAGGACCAGUUGUAUAUCUUUUCCUCUGUUUUUGAUUCUUGGAAGGAUGAAUAGUGUGUUCGAGUGGGUAAUGCCUAUUCAUUCUUUUAGUCCCCUAAAUCUUCUGCUGUUUUAUCUCUUUUGCGACCAACAUUUUAAGUAUGUUUUAUAAACCGGUGUUACUUGGAUAGCCCGUCUUCUUUAGACCUUUUUAUAAAGACGAAAAAUAUUUAUAAUUGCCCAUCACUCCAAUCCACAGGCGUUUAAUAUAUUCUGGUGUGUUCACCGCCAGAGAUUUUUUUUUUAAGUGUAUGUUCUGACAGGUGAUCAUUUGAGUUGAAAAAUAAAAUUGGUGCAUCAAAAGUCUAAA